AUCUGGUCUGUAAUUACCUUGGGAUUGUUUACAAAGCAAAGUUGUGAAAGAAACAACGCAGCAGCAGUUUUAAUCGUGUUUUGCUUGUAAAUCAGACAGUAAAUAUGGCUGAAACUGCGACAACUUCCUCGAAAACGUUUGCCGAAAAGCAUGCCGAGCGGAUGGCCCGAUUGAAGCAACUGCACACACAGCGUAACGAGGCCCGCGCCAGCAACCAUCAGGAGGUCAUCGCGGAGCACGAGCGCAAGAAGCUGCCCGCAAACUGGGAAUCCCGCCAGCGGCAAGCCGAAUGGCUGAUGGGAGACCUGAAGGCGCGCACUGAGGCGGAAGAGAAAGGGCUCGACUACAAUCGGGUGAAGAUGCUGAACGUGUCCGCGGCGGAGGCUGAUCGCAUCGACAAACUGAAGGCCAAGAAGCGCAACGCAGAUCCGGGCUUCUCCGACUACGAGGCACAAACGGCACGGCAGUACAAUCGUCUCGUGAAGGCUAUGCCACCGCGAGAUUUGGUCAAGUAUGAGGAGCAGAAGGAGAAGUACGGCGAUGCGUUCUACGGUGGGCCGAACGUGAUACUGCAGGGUCUGCACAAGGACACUCCGGCAGCGAUCGACAACAUGGUGAAGGAUCUGGAGGGCCAGAUUGCUAAGCGCAAGAAGUUCUCUCGCAGACGUACACACAACGACGAUGCUGACAUUGAUUACAUUAACGAGAAGAAUGCACGGUUCAACAAGAAGCUGGAGCGAUUCUAUGGCGAGCACACGGCAGAAAUCAAACAGAAUCUGGAGCGCGGUACAGCUAUCUAAUGUGUGUAAAAAGAACGUCUUAUUUCAAUGCUUUAUAAUAAAUGGUUUAGUUGUAACAUAUACAAUAAGAGACAAUUUAAGUUGUAAGCAGUUUUGCUAGAAUAAAGCUUUGUCUUACUGAA